AUGUGUGGGGCAGGGAAAAGGGCUAUGAAGGAGUUUCUUCGCAGAACCUUUCAGAGGCAUUUGCUUCUGACUCUUCUUGGAGGGAGGAGGGUCAUGGGUGUGAACAUCCCUAUAGAUGAGAAGACUGAUAGCUCAAAUGAUUCUGGAGAAGCCAGUAAAGCGGCAGAGAUGCCCACACAGAGAAGAAAACGGAUUUCUACUCUGCCCAAUCUUGCAAAACCCAGAGCUGGACCUUCAUCUGCACAACGUUCCUCUUCAAAACCGCAGAGGCGAGCAGUUUCUCAGGCUCUUGUUGGAAGUGCUUCCCUUCAGAAGGAUUCCUCUCCAUUAGAAAAGACUAAUGUGGAAAGUUCUCCAAAGUCUCCCAUAUUGCCUGAAAAGAAAACGCCUGUGCCACAAGUGCCACAGUUCUCUCCAUUAAAAAGAACAGCUAUCAAAGAACCAAAUGUGGGUGUAGCAGCUCAGAAAAAUGAUGAUACCCUGCAGAAGAAUGUAUCUUCCCCACUCAAGGAAAGACCGACACAAGAUAGAUCAGUGACACAAGAGGAAAAGCUACCCACAAAACCCACCCCUAUAAAAGGGCAACGAAUAUUUUCUGACCGUGAAAGGAUCCUCAAAGCUCGGAAGUUAAGAGAAAUGCUUAAAGAAGAGCUGAAGAAGGAGCGUCUGAAACAGUUAAAACACAGGCCUCCAGUAAUUGAAGGACGUUCUCCACCAGAUCGGUCCAAAAUGACUAUGAGAGACCUGAUAUACUAUCUGCCAGAAAACAAUCCUAUGAAGUCUUCUCUGGCAGAGGAAAAGAGAACAGAAAAAAAUACUGCAUUGGGUCAAAUGAAAGAACAGGAAGAGAAAAAUACUCUUGAUCAUGAAGAGGAAGAUGAGGAGGAAGAAGCAGAGAAUGGAGAGGAGAGUCAGGAUGGUCCACUUCUAGUUCCUCGAGUGAAAGUAGCAGAAGAUGGCUCAAUUAUUCUGGAUGAAGAAAGUUUAACUGUAGAAGUACUAAGGACAAAAGGUCCAUGUGUUGUAGAAGAAAAUGAUCCCAUAUUUGAACGUGGCUCUACAACUACAUAUUCCAGUUUCAGGAAAAGUUUUUAUACAAAACCAUGGUCAAAUAAAGAGACGGACAUGUUUUUUUUAGCUAUCAGUAUGGUAGGAACAGACUUCUCUUUGAUUGGGCAGCUGUUUCCUCAUCGAGCUAGAGCAGAAAUUAAGAAUAAGUUCAAACGUGAGGAAAAAGCAAAUGGAUGGAGGAUAGACAAAGCUUUCAAAGAAAAGCGGCCCUUUGAUUUUGAGUUCUUUUCUCAGCUGCUUGAGAAGGUCUUGGCUGAUGAGGAAAAGAGAAAGCAAAAGACAGUUAAAAGCCAGAAGCCAAAAGAAAAGAGACCGUCAAGGACUCGGAAGAAACCAAAAGAGAAAGCUGCCAGUUCAGAAGCUGCUAGUGAUCAAGAUAAUUCUCAGAAAGCCAGAGUUUCUGAUGUAGAAACAGAAGCAGAUGCUGUGAUGGCUGAGAAGGAGAAUGAAGAAUCUUUGGGCGUUUCUGAACGGACAGAAGAACAGGCUACCAUAGAGCCAGCAUCAGCCAAAAAGAAAAGAAAAAGGAGGAAAAAAGAUGAUCCAGAACAGGAAGUGGAGAAUAUUCCGGAAGAGUUGUCAUCAAAUACUGCUGUCGAAAGAAAAUCCUCAAAGAAAAUGGGAGAAAGUUCAGUAUGUGACACAAAUUGUCAUGGUCCUACUACCUUGGGAGAAGUGGAUGGUGUUACUGAAGAAAAGCAAGAUCAGACUCCUGUCAUAGAGGAGGAGAGAUCAGAGUCCUGUUUACCAGUGGAUGACGUAACUAAAAGUGAUUUCCAUUUAUACAGCUUUCAGGAUGGCAGUGAUGGUGUGCUAGAGACAGAAUCUGAUAAGCUGGGUCCUGGAGAUGAAGCACCUCAGGAAAGCCAGCUCUCAAAGUUCCCGCUUUCAAAGAUUACAAACAAGGAAAGACAAUCUGAAGAAACUGUGGAAGCCAAGAAAAAAAAUGUGUGUGACUCAUGUAAAUCAGAUGAAAAGGAGAGUACAUCAGAUGGUGAUUUUCAACCUGAAAUAAUUGAAACUGAAAGGCCACCACUCAAAGGAUGCUUUCAAAGACCUAAGCCAAAUUUAGCAAGAUCACCUGGAAGGAGAGAAGCAGCAACCCAAGAAAAACUGGAGGCCAGGAAUUCUUCUCCAAACCUUGUGAAUAAAGUCGAGAAGUGCACUUUGAAAGGCAGUGGAAGUAAUAGAAACGAAAUCACAGAAGUGGAGAACAUAGGUUUGGGAACAAAAUCAGAAGAACCUGAAAAAAAUGUAAUUGCAAAGACCGUAGUUAGAGGAUGUCGACAGCGUUUUAAGCCAAACAUUGCAAGAGCAUCUGGAAAGAAAGAAGAGCCCGUUACUGACCAAACUAAUGAAUGUGACACUACCAAUGGAGAAUCUUCAGGAAAACGUGAUAAACCCUUGGAGACCAUGUCUCAUUCUAAUGAAACUGCUGGUUUGGAAGAGGACAGCAAACAAACUGUGCUGAAACCAGCACUACUAAAGAGAGGUCGAAUGCCAAGACCAAAACCUAAUAUAGGAAGAAUUGCUGCAAGGCAUGAAGUCCAAACCCAGAAAAAAGAUCCUGAAGAGGAGAAAACAGAAUGUGAAGAGGUUGAAAAGGGUGUGACUCACCCUAGGAGUGAAAAAAAGGAUUCCUGCCUCAAAGAUGAUGUGGUGGAUUCUGAAGACACUGAGCCAUGCAUUGUGAUGUUAGAAGAGGAUGUCUCUGCAGAGAAGAUGGACACAAUACAUGCAAGCCAACAUUCCCCCCAAAAAUCCUUAGAAGCUGAAAGUUGGGAAUGUGAAAAGGAAUCUUCAGCUGUCUUGAAUGGUGCUUCAGAUUUUAAUACACAGAAGUCUGAUCCUCAGAAGCAAGAGGAGAAAACCACUGUUUCAUCAGCUCGGUUAUUGAGGAGUCGAUGCCAGAGACCAAAGCCAAACUUGGGCAAGAUAACUGCUAGAAAGGAUGUGCCGGAUGUUACUAAAAGUGUAUCCCAGACUGAUACCCAUCAGGAAGAAAAUUUGACGCAAUGUGAUGAUGAACGUAGCACCCUUCCUGAUAAAACAGAAAAAUAUGAGAUUCUGCAGUCAUUAGAAUCCUUGGGAAAGGAAAAUCCUCGUGGCUCUCAGGAAGCUUCUGCAAGCCCAAGUUAUCAGUCCCCGGAGAUGCUUUUAAGAUCAGAAGAUGGUGAACUCAAGUUUUGUCCACCUGUAGAUAAUGCAAAAGAAGUAUCAGCUACUGAUGCAAGAGUUGACGGCAAAAAUACUACUCAAGAAGAAAGCAAACUGACUCCUCUUCAACCUGCCCAGUUAGUGAGGGGCCGAUCCCAGAGACACCAACCAAACUUCAGAAGGGCUAUGGGAAGGAAGGAAUUACAAACAGAAAGAAAUGAGCAGGAUAAAAAAUCUCAAGCAGAGCAGUCGGUUUUGCAGAAAGAUGAAUUGGCCAACGCUGUGUCUGUUGGUGACAAUGAAGUUAUCAUGCCCGAAGCUGAUGUGUUGAAUGCGGAAGAACAGACACAGCGAGAGGAGCCCCAUAGUUCUGACAAUGCACUGUGUAAGCAAAGCAGUGUGGAAAAAUCCAUUUUCCCAGAAGACAAACUGGUUGCCCCCAAACCAGCACAACUCUUAAGGAAUCGAUUUCAGAGGGCUAGACCAAACCUAGGAAGAGGAAAUAGCAAAAAAGAAUCUCCAGUGGCUCAAAAACCUGCUGCUCCCGUUGAAGAAGCAGAAAAAGGAGAGAGUCUCCCUGUGGAUGACGUGGAAGUAUUGUUGUCUGUGGGGAAUUUGGCUAAGAAUGACAGUCCAGAGACAAAUACAAGAAGCAAUAAAUCAGAAAUAUUCUCUUCCCCUGAAAAAUUGCUGCUAGUUUCUCAGAAGAGAGAACAAGAAGAUCAUCUAUCUAGAGAGGCUGUAGAAAGCAUUCAGGAUAUCACAGAGAGGUCCAGUGAUAAAUUAAGUUCUGGAGAAAAAAGUAAAUCAAGUGAUACAAAACCAUUGCAUGAAGUGAGGGACCCUCUCUGGAAGCCAAGGUCAAACCUAAUGACUGUUACUAGAGAGAGAGAUCGUUCUGAAGGUGGAAGCAGAAAUGAAGAUGACAAUGAGAUUAGAAAUGCAGGAGAAUGUUUGAUGUCAGAAAAAACGCAUGUAUCAAUGCAAAGCGCCAGUCCCUUGGUGGAAGCUGCAUCUUGCUCAGAGGGCUCAAGAAAACAUCAUUUUACAGACUCUGAGGAAACAUCUUGUAAAAGAAUCAGACAAGAAAAUAAAUACCAGUCUCCAGACAUUUCAUCAGAGAGUGAGAGUCAAGAAGAUGAUUCUCAGCCUUCUGCUUCUCAGGAGGAAAUGUCAAGAAGGCAGUCCAGAAGAUCAUCUAAGCGGAUAGCCUCAAAACGCAUCAUGGAGCUAAGAACUGCUUCUUCCUCUGCCUCUGAAUGUGAGCCUGAUCGCAGUGAAAAGGGGAAUCAAAGGCAAAAAGUCAAAUUGAAUACUAAGGGCAAAACUCUGAAAUACGCUCAUAAAAAGAAAUCUGAUAAAGAGCACAGAAAUUCAAAGACAACCUUGGUAACUCUCCGGGCUUCACGAGAGGAGGAGGAGGACGAAGAGGAUGAGGCUGAUGACUUUGAGCCAGAUGAUGAAGGUCAAUGUUUUGCACCAGAGGAAGUAAACAAAGCUCCCGUGUUUGUUCCUGUAGGCCUUCGAUCUCCAAAACCUGUUCCCGUUCAGAUAGAGGAGACUAUGGAGGAGCUGGAAAUAUCUGCAAAUGUCCCAGAUGUGCAGGUGAUUACUGAUGUCGAAAGUCUCUCUCACAUGUUUGUCCAAACAGUGAUGCAGAAGGAGGAAAAUGUGAAGACCUCACCACCCGAAGCAAACAUUCCUGAAAAUCCAGAGGAGGACAAAGGAAUUAAUGAUGGAAGCACUGAAGCUGCCAUGACUUUACUUGCAAUGGGUGAUCCAACGUUUCAGUUAAAAAUAAACGCUGAAGAACAGACACAGAUGUUACCUGCUCAAGAUGAUUUACAUGUAGCUGAUAACUUUGUGAACCGUGUUUAUUCUGAACAAAGCGUAGUUUCUUCUCAGCAUUUACUUUCUUCACCUGCUUCUAACGUAGACCUGUUCCCUUCUGAGGAUGGAAGCAACAUUAAUCUAGAGCACCAAAGCACUGACACAAGAAUGGGUGGCAAAGAGUAUUCUGAGAAAAAUGCUACAGAGACCAGUGAUAGCUCUGUGCCUAUGGUGAGCAGUGUAAGACCAAUAAGCAAUAGACUCCUGAUGCCUGAGCCAGACUUUGGAGUAUUGAGGUCAAAUGAGAACAUUAUUCAAAAUCCUGUUAAUACAAAUGUACUUGUGGAAGAAUUAGAGCAAGUUCAAGAUGAGGCCACAGUUCUGAGGCAUAAUGCAGAAAUGCAGAAGGUGGAACUAGAACAGGUCAGACCAGCUGAAGGUGAUUCUUUGGAUCUUCAUGAUUUUGCAGCUGAAAGUACACAGCUUGUCAAGCAAGUAGAUAUAACAGAGAGAACAGAAAAUGCAACUUCAGGGGAGUUACAGGCUCUGACUGCAUCGUCAAAACCUAAGGCCUUGGAAAUGGGACAAGAGCUUUAUCCAAGUCAAAGUUUGGCGGAUGGACUUCCUGAGCACAAUCCUACUGCUGCUGAGCACAGUCUGUAUACAAUCAAUUUAACUCAGAACGAAAGAUGUAUUCAGGAUUUUCAACAGCAAUAUACAACCAGCACAGAAGAGACUUCAGUUGUGAAUGAUAAUCACAGUAGAUGUUCAGAGGAGGAACAGACAUUCAUUUUAACAUUGGUGGAAAUUCCAGCUGACUCGAGAGAAUAUGAUGAUGCAUCUACUUUGCUGGAACAGACUUCAGAACCUUUGCUACCAGCCCCGAUACUUAUCAGCCCAGUCAGUGCAAGUGGAACAAGCAUGACUGGAGUGGAGAGCAUUGGAUCCUUGACAACUGCAGUUGAUGAACUUGCUGCAUCUUUAGAUAGCAAGAUGGAAACCAAACAACUACAGAGUGCUCCAGGAGAGUCCAUUCCAAAAUUGGUGCAGACAGCUCAGAAAAGGUCAGGUGCUGAGCUUGAAGAGGAUGAUUUUCCUCCUGCCAAGAAAACCCUAUCUACUUCAGCAGAAGAUGACCUGGAAAGCACUUCUGAGGAUUAUUUGACUAAAUCCACAGAUUCUCCAAGGAAAGCUGCUGGGAAUCUUCUUGAAAAAGCAGGAGCUUCUGUAAAGACAGAGGUACUUACCUCUGCAUUUGUGUCCGCAUCUGAGUCACUGCUGGUUGGAAGAAGCCAAUCUGAGACUUUGCAGGAUUCAGGGGCAGCAUCACUGGGGAAUUCAACAUCCAGACGGGAAGAGGAAGUGGUAUCUAGGCUAAACUCUGAGAGAAAAGCCGAACUGAGUGAUCCAAGCAAAACGGAGAAUGUGCACGAAUCUGCACAGCUGGAACUCACUGGGAGCGUAGCUGCAUCUUCAAAGCCUCCAUUACUCAGUAUUGCAAGAAGGACAGUACCCUUGUUUGCCACCUACACAGUUGAGAAUUAUUGUAUCUAUCCUCUUCAGCAAAUUAGAAAGGAUCAAACUGUCUGCUUGGAAAUAUAUCCUUAUGUCAUUCUGACUGUAUCUACUUUUAACAGGGGUGGUCGAAAGCCGUUGGGAUUUUUAUCUUUAAUUUGCAAAAAAAGUAGCUCCGAAUCUGCAGAGGAUACCAAAGGGAACAGAGGGAAGGUCCAGAAGCCUCGGAUUCCUGUUAACAAGCAACCCGAGAAGCCAUCGCUUCAAGCUAAAGAUCAAGAAAAGGAAGAAGCACCAACCAGGAUCUCUGAGUAUUUUUUCAGUGACAUCUUCAUGGAAGUGGAUGAUUCAGAAUAGCAAAAUGGCUUUAUACAAUCCUGGAUCCAAAAGUGCAAUGCAGCAGCAAAACAGUAUUUAGAAAAUUCCUAUUCGUUGUACCAUUAUGUC